UCCUUUCAACCUCCACAAAAAAGGAAAAUAAAUAAAUGGGAAAGACAAUAUUUUCAUCUUGUUGCUAUUUCAUAUGUCCUUCAAGAUCAUUAAUGGUUAACCUAAUAUUUCACGACGGAACGACGAGGAUGGUCACCGGAAAAAGGCUAGCUGGAGAGAUAAUGUUUGAGUUCCCACAUUGCAUGGUUUGCCAUGCAGACUCCUUCUACAUCGGAAACCCUAUCCCGUCCUUAAACAUCAACGAUAAGCUCAGAAAUGGCGACACAUACUUUAUUUUCCCUCUGGAUUACUUCUCAUCAUGCAACAUGCUCUCGGCUUCUACCCUGGCUACCCUGGGCUCAAACACUAGACGGGCUCCAGUCAACUUCCAGAGCCCUAUUUUUCAAUACGUUAAGGCGGAAAAUGGUAGGGUUUUGAUAAAAGUGUCACCAGAGUUCAUAAUUAAGCUACUUACAAGAAGAAAUGAAGAUCAACAGGAUAUUGUUACAACUAAUACAAGUCCUAGUGAUGGUAAGUUUUUAUGUAAUACACCUGAAUUGAAGAAACAUUAUGAACAAUUGGUUGGUCCAAAAGGGCAAAUUUGGUCACCUAGGCUGGAGACUAUUUCUGAAUACAAAAUUAGGUAUUCUCCUUGUAGGUUUAUAGGGUUGGAAUGGAAGCAGAAAGAAGAAUGAAAUUAGUUAAUUUUAGUUUGAUUGACUUUUGUGUACUGUUAGUUUCUUUUGAAGUGAAGGAAGAAAUUAAUUGCAGUUAAUUUAUUGUAGCAAUAUAAUGUAUCUAAAUGUACAGAAAUAUAUACAUAUGAUGUUCCCAACUACCGAUUUCAACAAAUAUUUAUGGUAAAGGUAAUCAAUAAGAAGGAUU